UAGGGUUUGCGGCUUCGUUACAGGGAUGGACGAGGCCUGGGAGAGAGCCGUGGAGACGGCCCUCGAAGGACAGGCGGACUCGUCCUCGGCGCCACGAAUACUAACCCUAGACGGGGCGGUGAAGUGCCUCCAGGGCCGGCUUCCGCCGCCGGGGCUGCUGGAGAGGUACCAGAGCCUGGAGCACCUCUCCAUCGCCAACGUCGGGGUGUCGUCGCUCGAGAAGUUUCCACGCCUCCGGAACCUCCAGAGGCUGAUACUCUCCGACAACCGCAUCGCCGGCGGGCUCGAGUUCCUGGUGGGGGCUGGGCUUGAUUCUCUCCGUGAUCUCGAUCUCUCCAACAAUCGAAUCCAGUUCCUCGAGGACCUGGCACCUCUCGCACAGCUCCGCCUGGUGUCGUUGGAUCUCUACGAGUGUCCGGUCACCAGGGUCAAGGACUACCGGUCCCGGGUGUUCGGGAUGAUCCGGACAUUGAAAUAUCUCGACAAGAUGGAUGCUGAUGAGAACGAGCGGCCGGAGACGGACGAGGAGGAGGAGGAUGAGGAAGACGAGGAGGAGGAGGAGGAGGACGUGGGGAAUGGCGAAGUUGAUGGUGGGGAUCGGGCCGGGAGGUCAGUGAAUGGCGUCGUGGGAAGUGCCAGAGGUGAUGCAGUUGUCGAUGUGGAUGAGGAUGAGGAGAGUGACGCUGAUGAGGAGGACACUGAGAGUGGUAGGAGGGUGGAGGCCAAUGGACUGCGUGGGGGUCUCCACCACCUAUCGAAUGGGUUCCGGGUCGCGCCAGUCGGAGCAGCUUCCAUUGAUGUGGAGGACGAGGAGGAGGAAGAAGAGGAGGACGUGGAGGACGAUGAUGAGGAGGAAGAGGAUUUGGUGGAGGAGAUCGAUGAUGAGGAAGGGGAAGAUGAUGAUGUAGUCGAGGUGCAUGAUGUCGGGGAUAGUGAUGAGGAUGCUGAUGGGGUGGAGGAGGAUGGAGAAGAUGAGAUAGAGGAAGAGGAGGUUGAUGUGGACGAUGGGGAUGGUGAUGAAGAUGAAGAGGAUGUGGAGGAUGAAGAGGAUGAUGGUGAGCCGGGGAGCACGGGGAGGUUGAUGAGCACGGAAGGGGAGAUAGAUGGGCAUGAGCAGGGGGAGGAGGAUGAGAACGGGGAGAUUGGCGAGGAGGAUGAGCAAGGAGUGGAGGAGGAUAGGGAGUAUGAGGAGGGUGAUGGUGAGGAUGAAGACGAGGAAGAGGAUCUUGGAACAGAAUAUCUAGUACAGCCGAUUGCUCAAGCUGUUGAUGAGACUGGAGGAAGUGAUUUUGAUGGUUGCGAUGAAGAUGAUGAGGAUGAAGUUGAUGAUGAUGAGGAGAAUAAUCACAGCAAUGGUGUCCUGCCACACCUUCCCUCCUCUUCUGAACCCAACAAGAGGAAAAGAGAUGAAGAAGAUGAUGACAGUGUUGAGGAUUUGAGGUCUUCAAAAAAGCAUUACUGAUGAUGAUUCAGCAGCAUUGUACAUGGAUGCUAGUCGAAGUAAAAAGGGUGGGUUUUUUUGUUUUUUU